GGCGGAACGGCCGGAGUGGGACCGGGCGAUCGGCGGCGGGGCGGCCCGGGAGGGUUCGAGCCAGGGGUCGGCCUCGGGGACCGGAGCAAAGUCGAGCGUCCCGGGCCAGGUGCCGGGGCGCAGGGACCCCCCACCCCGACCGUCCCGCGAUGCGGUAGGAGCGGCGAGCGCGCGCCCAGCCCGGUGCCCGGUGCCAGCCGCCGCCUGUCGCCGGGUCCAUGGCGAGCCCCGCCUGGGGGUUGCUCCUGGCGCUCGGCCUCCCGCUGCUGCCCGCCCGAUGGGGCGGGGUCCGAGGCCAAGCACUGGAGCCCGUCACGAGUGAGACCGGAAACAAUACGACCAUCCAGCCGGAACCCAACCCUGGUGGUGGAGGCUUGUCCCAGGGGGCCACCACUGCCAUCAUCGUGGUCUUCUCCCUCCUGGCCGCCGCGCUGGUGGCCGUGGGGCUGACGCUGCUGGUGCGGAAACUUCGCGAGAAGCGGCAGACGGAGGGUACCUACCGGCCCAGCAGUGAAGAGCAGUUCUCGCACGCAGCCGCGGCCGGGGCUCCCCAGGACUCCAAGGAGAAGGUGCGGGGAUGCCUGCCCAUCUAGGGCCCCCCUCCCGCGUCCGCCUCCCUUCCCUGCUGUUGGGGACCUUAUGGGGAGGCUGAGUCCUCUCUGCCCAAUGCCUAAAGACUUAAGGGAAGAAGGUGCUUCGCAGACCCCCUCCAGGGGGUCGAGCUCUUAGCGACAAGCAGUUCCUCCGACACCCACCGAUGAUGGGAAUGAAUCCGUCGUUUUCUGGGAGCUGGUGGUGGGGCGGGCUGGAGCUAUGCUAGCUGGAGAAGAGGCGGAGGGUCCCUCGGCUGGCUGUUGAGACCUGAGCUGUAAAGUUCCAGGCGAUCCCGGGGGGCUCGGAGGGCUUCCUGGAAGUGGAGGGACUCUUUGCGGAGACCGAGAGCCAGCUGGAAGUGGGGCCCCUUCUCCAAAGAGUAAGAAUCGUGCUUCCGUGUAACGCAAAAGAUUACGCUUCCAGGACGGACGGGGGGCGGGGAAGGGUCUCUGAGCAGACAGUGGCCCCCCCACAGAUAAACGCACCGGAAAACACUGAGGCGGGACAAGUCUUUUGUGUUUUUAUUGAAUAUCCAAAGUCAUGGAGGUAGGGGGUCUCCUGUG